UUUAAAACAGUCUACUGACUCUCUAGCCCAAAACCAUCCCCCUCGAUCCUCUCCCUCCCUCUCUUCACUCUCUCUAAACAAACUACCAUGGCCAUCAUUAACACCAAGACCAUAAUAGUCUCUCUUUGCACACUGAGCUUGGUGUUCAUCUUCUCUCCACAACUCUCUUUCUCCUCCUCAAUCCACGACCUGCUUAUCUCAAAAGGGUUACCAGCUGGUCUACUCCCAAAGGAAGUGAAGUCCUACACUGUGUCUGAAGAUGGCUACUUGGAGGUGUUUCUUGAUGGUCCAUGCUUGACCAGAUAUGAGAACAGGGUCUUGUUUGAAAGUGUAGUGAGGGCUAAUCUCACUUAUCUUAGUCUUUCUGGAGUUGUUGGCUUGUCUCAAGAAGAACUCUUUCUUUGGCUACCAGUGAAAGACAUCACAGUUGAUGACCCAAGAUCAGGACUUAUUUUGUUUGACAUUGGGGUUGCUCAUAAGCAACUGUCCUUAUCACUCUUUGAAGAUCCACCUAACUGUAAGCCUCAAGUUAUGGAAUGGCUAAGGAAAUAGCAGUUUUGCUGUGGACAUGGUUAGGAAGAUGAAGCUGCCUUGAAUUUUAUUAUCUGCCAUGCCUGUUGCUUUCACUGGCUUGUGUUUCAGUCCCAGAAACUGAUCACAGAGUACUGCGUUUCACCUUUUCCCUUGUUCUGUUACCUUUCACAAAUAAUCAGAAGAAAUUUCCUAAAAGAACAGGCACAGCAUUUUAACCGCAAGGCAUAA